UCAUUCUUUCUCAGCCAUUCGUUUGAUACGAAUCUGGUUUUUCUUUUUUGAUAAUAAACCAAAAUUAUCGGUGUACAUAAAAUUUUAAGUGAGCAAAACUCUGAAAAUGUCCGAGGAGGAGCUUCGGGUUUCGAAGAAAGCUGGCAGGAAGGCUAAAGAUUUGAGCCCUGCGUGUAUGGAUGAUUUGGUUAACCAGGUAUUCGAUAAGUCGAAGCAGCUGAGUAUGUCUGUUAAGCAACAGAGAAAACUGGUGCAGGAAUAUCUGAAUUCUAAGAUUGAGGAUAGCGAUGAAAACGAUGGAGAGUUUGACAAUGAUUCCGAUUAUGAUAGCUAUACCGAUUCAGGGGAAGAUAAUUAUUCCGAUUAUGAAGAAGAAACCUAUUCGGAUUCGGAUGAGGAAACGGAGGAGAGUAGUGAUGAAAUAGAAUCGGGAUCUGGUGAGGAUGAGGAGGCAUCCCCUGAAGUACAUGGAAAAAAUGAGCAUGAGUUUUCUAAAAAUUUGGAUAGGAAAGUCUCCAAAGACGAACCGAAAUCAUAUCAGCCUGUGUCCUAUGUUGGUUCCCCGAAAUCCUUUUCACAACCUGGAUCUGGUAUUCAGCGAAGAAUGACAAUGGCUGGUGGUUCGGUGGCUUCUCCAAUUCUCAAAUCCGUACCCUUUACUAAAGGCAGUCAAAAUCAGAAGACUCCGAAAUCUGAAGAAACCAAAUCCCUUCCAAUAUCAUUAAACAAAGUGAAAAUCUUACCAAGUCUGCAAAAAGAAGAACCCACAAGGAAAGCAAGCACCAAAGCUUUUAGUUUCUUCAAAGGAAUUAACAAGCCCAUUAUAAAGCUUCCCGACCCAAGGAGCUAAUUUUUUCCAAUUUUAAUUAAAAUCAUUUUGUAAUAUUUGAUAUAUUUUUGUAAUUUUUGGACCUCGAGCUAAAUCAUCUGUAAUUAAUCUUUGGUUUACUAAAACCGCGAACAAAAUAAUUUUAGCCGUUUAGUGGCAACCAAAAUGGCAUUUAAUACAACACCGAAAUCCGACAAUUUAAUUUAAUAAACAUCGCUAAA